CUUACCGCACCCCAUCCACACCCAAGAAGGACUGCCUCUCUAAACACCCUUCUUUAAUUGUUGUCUCACCAUCUUCCUACCGUUUUCUCACUGAACGGACCAUAGUCAAGUCGAUCCCUCCAGAACCCCCCUCGUUUUUGAGCUAGAAGACCUUAUACCACCGUCAGCGUCGACCGCAGGCCUUUUCCCCAGGAUAUAUCUUUCUUGUGUCUCCCCUACACAGUCUUUUUUGUCUCCCAUCGUUCAACGAGUUUCGCAACCAUGCUCUCAAGAACGCUUGUCCUUGGUCUGGCUCUCCUUGCCGUCGCCUCUGAAGACACCUCCGAGCUCCCGGCCGUCAAGAAAGUCCGGAGGAACAAGCGAAGCUGUACUGCCAGGUCAUCCAAUUUCACACUUACGGACAAGUUUCAGGGAACCAAUUUCUUUGACGAUUGGGACUUCUUCACAGAGUCCGACCCCACCCAUGGUCUGGUCAAUUAUCUGGGUGCUUCGGACGCUUUGAAUGCCGGUCUCAUCAGCACCACGGCCUCCCAGGCUACCAUGAAGGUGGACGACACUACCUCGCUUGCCUCAGGCCAGCGGAGGAGUUCGGUCCGCAUAUCCACCAAGAAAUCAUUCGACUCAGGUCUGAUCAUUCUCGAUAUCGAUGCCAUGCCACAUGGUUGUGCAAUCUGGCCCGCGUUCUGGACUGUUGGCCCAAACUGGCCAAACGGCGGAGAGAUCGACAUCAUCGAGUCCGUGAACGACGCCACCAACAACCAGAUGACGUUGCAUACUGGGGCAGGUUGCACGCAGUCGAACAACAACGCUAUCCUUGGCCAGGUACUAACCACCACAUGCGACGCGAAUGUGAACGAGAACUCCGGAUGCGGCAUCCACGAUCCAUCAUCGACAUCCUCUGGGGCUGGGCUUGCCCAGGCUGGCGGUGCCGUAUUUGCAACGAUCUUGGACGAAUCGGGCGUCAAAAUUUGGCGCUUUGACCGCUCAAAUGUGCCAGCCGACAUCAACAAUGGCAACCCUUCUCCUGGCACCUGGGGCCCGCCGGUGGCACAGUGGAGCUCUGGAACGUGCAACCCAUCUCAAUUCAUUGUUGAACAACAGAUUGUUUUUGACAUAACGCUCUGCGGUGACUGGGCAGGCAGUGUAUACGGCAGCUCGGGUUGUCCUGGCACUUGCCAAUCGCAAGUGAUGGACCCGAACAAUUUCAAAACUGGUGCCUGGGUUGUGAAUUACGUUGCUGUGUAUUCCGAGUCGAGCUAGGCUCCUCGCUUGCAGUCAUUAGCAUAUUCAUGUACUUUUGACCGUUCAGCAGCCUGGGUGUUCUGGGUUUUCUCAGACUCGCGUUUCAUUUCUUUGUUCAUCUUUCAUAUCGAGCUCGUUCUCCAUGUUCGUCGUGCCAUCGUGUCUUGCCCUUCUUUAGUUCGCUGUGCGACGACGUACUCUGUCGAACAUGCGCUGGAUUGUUCUCGGCAUGAGUAAUGCAAAUAC